GCAUCCUGCUGGGAUGCGGCCACCGGACCCCGUGACGGCAGCAAUCCAUCGAGCACAUCCAUAGGAAGGGGCUCCAUAGGAAGGGAAUCCCGGUGUGGGGUGGCCGCGGGGCACAGCGGACGGACAGGGUGAACGUGGGGCGAUGGCGGAGGGCACGGAGCUGGAGUGGGCCGUCCAGGUGCUGGUGAACAACUUUGACAAAUAUUCGAGCCGCUGCUGCUGCCGGAAGCCGCGGCGCAUCAGCAAGAAGGAUUUCCGCAAGAUGCUGAGCCGUGAACUCAACCACAUGCUGACGGACACCGGGAACAGGCGCGCGGCCGACAAGCUGAUCUGCGACCUGGAUGAGAACAAGGACGGGCGCAUCAGCUUUGAGGAGUACUGGACCUUGAUAGGUGGCAUCGCCAGCCCCAUCGCUCACAUCAUCCGCCAGCAGGAGCAGAGCAUCAAGCUCACCAAGUAGCUGGGCUGGGCCUGGGCCCCCCCCCCCCCCCCAGACCCUGAGCUCAGCCCCCGCUGCUCCACAGCCCCUCUGCUUUGUGCCCCUCGUGCCCAGGGCACGCAGAACCCCAAACAUCAGAGUAAAGAGGCACAAGGUCACCACGGAGGGCUCCUCCUGCACCAUCCCUGUCCUCAUCCCCCCCCUCCCCAGAGCUGGGCUGGAAGCACAGGGAAAGGCUUCCCCCUCACCUAGGACAAAAAUGCUGUCCGUUCUCAGCCCACCCCAACCAGCACCCCCUGUGCCCUCGGAGCACCCUCUCCUCCUCAAAGCGUUGGAGUUUCCACGGUGUAUCCCCCCAACCUCCCUCCCGUCCCCCGUCCCCCCCCUCGGGGCUGGUGAAGGUCUGCCCUGCCCACCCCUGGGGCUGGGAGCUCCCGGCUGUGGCCGCGGGUUAUUUAUUGCAGCAAUAAAGUUUGGAGGAGCA